AUGAUUCAUGUUUGCGAUAGAUUAACUCAGGAAAAUGGAAAUGUAGAAGAUAAAACUAACAAUAAGUUAGUUAAUAAUACUAUAUGUCAUUUGUUCAAGGAGAUACGAUACGAGAUAAAUACUAUUGAAAUAGAUAAAGUAAAAAAUGUUGGCUUGACAAGUCUUAGGAGGAACUCGCUAUCACUCAAUCCGAGUCAAAGUUUAAUAGCUGAAAAUGCUAGUUGGACUAGUGACAAAGAAGUAUCACUUAUAAAUGACGAAGGUUAUUUCGAUGUUACUUUACCCCUCAUUAUGCUGAUUAGAUUUGCUGAAGAUUAUCGAAAAAUUGUAGUAAAUGUUAAACAUGAGCUUAUGAUUACAAUAUCGAAAAAUGAUUUGAAUACUACCAUAACCUUACUUACCGAUAAAAAUGAAGUAAUUACUUAUGAAAAAAUUAAAAUUACUCUAAAUAAAUUUGAAUGGUUAAUGCCAUAUGUAGUAGCAGCUGAUAGAGAUAUAAUCAAAUUACUUAAUCAAAUUAGUCGUGAUAGAGUGAUCACUAUGAGUUAUCGCACUUGGGAGUCAUACGAGUAUACAAAAUUACCUCGGACAUCUAAACAUGUUUGGAGUGUGAAGACACCCAAUCAAUUGGAAAAACCUCGUUUCAUUAAUUUAGCCUUUCAAACACAACGAAAAAAUAAAGUAGCUGCUUCUGCUAGUCACUUUGACCAUUGUAACAUUUGUGAUGUUAAAUUAUUUCUAAACUCUCAAUGCUAUCCAUAUAGAAAUCUUAAUUUUCCUGUGGAUGUUGCUGUUGAUGACGACGACGACGUUGCUGUUGAUGAUGACGAUGACGUUGCUGGUGAUGACGUUGACGUUGCUGAUGAUAACAACGAUGACGAUAAUGUUACCGACACUGAUGAUGAUGUUGACGUCAUCGAAGAUGGUUCAUCAUGA